CACCAAGAAAGGCCAGGUAUGCGUGUCGUGCAAUUGCGCGUGGGCCGCGCGCGCGAGCUUGCGUCCGGCAGAUGGGACUGCGACUGCUCGGUGACGCUCAUCCAAGUCGGUAGCGUCAAUGUACUCGUGGAUACGGGCGGCGCGUGGGUGGCUGCGGACCUCGCGCAGUCGCUUGCGUCGCGCGGCGUCCCGCUGGACGACAUUGCACUUGUCGUCUGUUCGCACGGCCACUCGGACCAUGUCGGGUGUUUGGCCCUCUUUCCGCAGGCCAUGCACAUUGUCGGUCGCGACAUCAACCGACGCCACGAGUACGCGGCCGCAGGCGCGCCGGCGCGGGACCAGAGCAUUGGCCGCUGCCUCGCGACUGUCGCCGCCGACGGCGCGAUUGCCCUGGACGAGGUUCCUACCGCGCCAUUACGCGUCGUGACGACGCCUGGUCAUACGGGUUCGUGCGUCUCGGUGCUCCUCGAAGCGCCAAGUGCUUUUGUAUUUGAACACGCGGAUGGCCGUACCGAGGACGUGAGCCGCGUGGCCAUCGUGGGCGAUCUCUGGGAGUGCGAUGGCGACGACAGCUGGUGGCGCGACCUCUCGGAAAUGCCGGUGCUCCACGAGUCGAGCCGUGCCUUUGUGCUAGCGUGGCGCCCCGAUGUGCUCGUGCCCGGUCAUGGGCCUGCGUUCUCACCCUAACGCCAGCCCCACCUCGCGUAGCGCGGCAUGGAUACUACCAAGUCGU